GCGAUUUUCUGCGUGUUGCAAGGCACACUAGGUCCGUAGCCCGGUACCUACUACAACUAAAUUUCCAGUGUGCUAGGAGCUGCUGCUGCUGCAAGGCCCGCUGGAGCACCACCCACCCGCUGGCCGGGACGGAGCAUCCGGGCCAUCGGCGGCCGGCCGUGUCCACCUGCCCAGGGACUACCUACUAACCUUACGCUCUCGCCUCCCAUGUCAUGUCACCGUGACCCGUCUAUCCCUCCCAGGCCAGCAUAUUUAAAGCCUCUGACUGCAAAACUUCACCUUAAAGGUCCUCCCCUCGGUGCCACGACUUCUGACCUGCGCCCUGCCUGACCCCCUCCCUGGCACAUCUGCAUUGCCUCCACUGUCCUGUCAACGGCUGCGGCAACGGCUACGGCCACGACGUACGGACCGCGAUGCCCGGCAGCUCGACAAUGCCGGUGAGCCUGCGCGGCGGCUUCGAGUCCGUCAAGCGGCGACGCCCGGCCCUGGCGCUGUCCAUGAUCAACCUCGACCUGUAAGUCAACACUGCGCUGCGCGCCUGUCGUGACCCGAGCCCUUGCGCCCGUCUUUCGUCUCUCCCGGGGCUACACCCGCUGCGCCUGCUUCGUGUUGUGUCGUCGAUGCGUCGUCCGGCUCCGUGCUCCGGAGCCCGCCUUUGGUAGCAAGGCCGUGGCUGGACUGACACGGCAUCCCCUUGCAGCAUCCGCAACAUCGUCUUCUUCUACUUCGUCCUACGAUGGACCCGCCGCGCCUUCUGGAAACUCAAGGGCCGCGGCAUCAUUGGCGCCGUCCUUGAGCUCUACCGCGAGAUCCAGCGCAUCCUCUACGGCUUCUUCCUCCGGGCCCCCGGCGUCCGCGGCCAGGUCCAGCGCCAGGUCAAGGAAUCGCUCGCCAAGAUGUCGGCCAAGCUCGUCCCGCAGUCCGAGACGCGCUACCUCACCCUGCCCAAGGAGGGCCUGCAGCCUGAUGCCGUGCGCGCCGAGCUCGAGGCCCUCGCCAACAUGGACCACACGCGCUGGGAGGACGGCUACGUCUCGGGCGCCGUCUACCACGGCGAGGACGGCCUGAUUGCGCUGCAGACGGACGCCUUUGGCAAGUUCACCGUCGCAAACCCCAUCCAUCCCGACGUCUUCCCCGGCGUGCGCAAGAUGGAGGCCGAGGUGGUGAGCAUGGUGUCCAGCAUGUUCCACGCCCCGCCGGGCGCUGCCGGUGUGACGACGGCCGGUGGCACCGAGAGUAUCCUGAUGGCUUGCUUGGCGGCGCGCCAGAAGGGGUAUGCCGAGCGCGGCAUCACUGAACCCGAGAUGAUCAUUCCCGACACGGCCCACACGGCCUUCCGCAAGGCCGCCGACUACUUCAAGAUCAAGCUGCACAUGGUGGCGUGUCCGGCGCCCAGCCACCAGGUCGACGUCCGGGCCGUGUCGCGCCUCGUCAACGCUAACACGGUCCUGCUGGUAGGCUCGGCCCCCAACUUCCCGCACGGCAUCAUCGACGACAUCGCCGCGCUCUCCAAGCUGGCACUGCGCAAGAAGCUGUGCCUGCACGUUGACUGCUGCCUGGGGUCGUUCCUGGUGCCGCAGCUCGAGCGCGCCGGGUUCGAGACGCAGCCGUUCGACUUCCGGCUCAAGGGCGUGACAAGCAUCAGCUGCGACACGCACAAGUACGGGUUCGCGCCCAAGGGUAACUCGACGGUGGUGUACCGGACGGCGGAGCUGCGGACGUACCAGUACUACGUGUGCCCAGACUGGUCGGGCGGCGUGUACGCGUCCCCGGGCAUGGCCGGAUCGCGCCCGGGCGCGCUGAUCGCGGGCUGCUGGGCGAGCCUGAUGAUGGUGGGCGAGUCCGGGUACCUGGACGCGUGCGUCAAGAUUGUCGGGACGACCAAGAAGAUUGCCGACGCGAUCCGCGACGGGCCGGGGCUGGCGGGCGAGCUCGAGAUUGUCGGCAAGCCGCUCGUGUCGGUGGUGGCGUUCACGUCGCGCAACCUCAACAUCUACGAUAUCGCCGAUGGCAUGUCGGGCAAGGGCUGGCACCUCAACGCGCUGCAGAACCCGCCCGCCAUCCACGUGGCCGUGACGAUGCCCAUCGUCAAGGUGUGGGAGCGCCUGGUCGCGGACCUCGAGGCGGUGGUGGAGGAGGAGCGCGAAAAGGAGCGGGUGCGGAUGGUGGAGGGCAAGGGGACCCGGGGCAAGGCCGUGGGUGACUCGGCGGCGCUGUACGGUGUGGCUGGCUCGCUGCCGAACAAGAGCGUUGUCGUCGACCUGGCCACGGGGUUCCUCGACUUGUUGUAUAAGGCGUGAGUGGGCACGGGAGGGCGGGCCGUCACGAUGGGGGCGGGGGGAGGAGGGCCGGUGGGAAAGCGUCUUCGGCACACAAAGGAUACCACGAGACUCGGGAACGAGGAGGAACCUAGCUGCAGCCCGGGACAUAACCACAUGUCACCGAUCGUGUCUCCAUGUCGUCUCAAUAUUCCGAUGCUUGGCGGCGCAGCACGCCGCGAUAUGCAAAAUACAGCAAACACAGGCCGCGCAGGCGGCGAUUACUACUACUAGUCUCCCAAUGGUUCGUGCCACGGAGCGGCCUGGUUGAUGAAGAGGAUGGAUAUACAAUGGCGGGGAAUCCUCACGGCCGGC